AGAUUAAUGAGUGGGAUGUUGAAGAAGAUAUGGAACUGGCUCAACGUAUUACCGUCCAUACCGUUCAUCAUUAUUCUAUGAGUGAUGAUGAAAGUGAAGAUUCCGAAUAUCAGCUUGUACAAGCUCAUAAACAUCCAACUUAUGCUGCGGCUGCAAAGUGGGGUGGAAGAAUCAAGAAACCAAAUUUAAUAAAUAUUAAUGAUGAAACCACUAAUGACGCUAACGAAGUAGAAGAAACUGACAAAAAGAAAGAUAUAAAAGGCGUAGUAUUGGGUGCUCCAAUAGCUACUCCUGUUACUCCGGCCCCAAAUGCCGUUGCAUCUGUGGAAACUUCGAAUACGGAAAAUAAUAUACUGAAAGGUGACCAUGAUAAAGACUAUGUCUAUGAAGAUAUUAAAUCCUCUUCGGAUGAUCCAUUACAGGUGCUAGAAUCUUCGGAUCGCGAAACGUCUAAAUCCUCUACACGUCGUCAUAAUACAAAAGUUCAUAAACUACAAUCUAAACGUUUGCUAAAUCAACUAGUUAAUUCGGCUGAUUUAGAAUUAAACGAAGGUGCAGUUCGUGGCGAUACCAAUAGAGACCCGGAAUUUACUAAAUAUAAAUUGUUAAAGAAGACUAUGAGGGCAAAGAAUAAUGGUUCCAGUAAAUCUAAAGCUGAGAGAAAAAAUGGAAUGGAAAAAUUGC